AUGCUUUCCAGUUGGAUAUUGUUUGCUAUGGCAAAUAUUAUUACAUUAUUAUUUUUUAUACCUUUCAUUGAUGAAGAUCUUUUAGCAUUAACACGAAAUCAUCGCAUGGUAAUAUUUCAUCGAGUGCUUUCCUUACGACAUAAACUUUUACCAUUUCUACAUCCUGAAUCAGUAAAAAUGGAUGCAGAUUCAAAAGCAUUACAUGAAUUAAUUUCAUUAUAUGAUCCACAACUUGAUUUAGGUGAUGAUAUAACAAAUAAUGAUAUUGAAGAGUUUCGUUAUCAUUCAAAACGAAUGUUAACUGCUUUAUUUCCAGCGAAAUCAUCAUCUUGUCUUGUUCAAUAUCAUACAUUACAAUAUAAUACCAAUCAAGUACAUAUGUAUUAUAUACAACAUGAACAAAUAGAUAAUUGGAAAUGUUCUAAUCAACCAUUAAUACUUUAUUUUCAUGGUGGUGGAUUUGUUUUUGGUGAUAUUGAUACGUAUUCUUGUUUUGAAUGUCAUCUAUCAAAAUUUCUUAAUAUGUUAAUACUUCAUGUUGAUUUUCGUCUUAUACCUGAAUAUUCUCUCGAAGAGACUAUCGAAGAUGUUAUUAAUAUUUAUAAAAUUUUACUUGAUAUUGAUUCUAAUAUUCAUCGAAGAUUAAUUGGAAUGGGUGAUUCAUCAGGUGGAAUGCUUUGGAUUUAUCUUUUACAAUGGAUUAUAUCUAACAAUAAACCUAUUCCACAAGGUGUUAUUUUACAUUCUCCAUGGCCUAAUCUAGAAUAUUUCGAUAGAAUUGAUAGAAUUCCUAUGGAUAAUUAUUUAUCAUUAACACUUGCAUAUAAUUUACGAAAAUUAGCAAUUGGUAAAGAUACUUAUUGGUUUGACGUAACUGAUGAACAACUAAGCAAAAUAAGUCCAAACGAUGAUUUAUUUGAAGGAUUUCCAUCACUUUAUAUAACAGCUGGUACAAAUGAAAUAUCAAUUGAUGCAAUUCGUAAUAUGACAAAGAAAAUAAGAUCAGCAGGUGUAGAAGUUGUAUUAGAUGAAGGUGAAGGAUUGAUGCAUACAUAUGCCUUAUUUCAUAUGUGGUCACCUCAAAGUAGAUAUGUUCAAGAAAAAAUUCGUCAAUGGAUUCAAGAAAAAUUGUUAGUUGAAAUGUAA